GUGACUUCUAAUUGAUGAGUCAUCAUGGAUCCUCCUUGAUCAACGCCAGUUUGGUCGCCGGGGUUUUCUGCAUUGUGGAACAUCCAAAUUGUGUCUGUACCUGUGCCAAAAGGAAAAAGUGGCUGGUGUAUUGUGAAUAUGGUACGUGGUUCCUUUAAGUGUUGUGUUCCGGUUCCGGCUGCUCUCCCUCAGUUCACGGCAAGCGCGAUUGAGGAGAGGUGAGUUGCACUGAAGCUCCAUCUAAAAAGUAUCAUAUGAGUUUUGUUCAUUGUAAUAAUACAUGUAGUUUUGUUCUAAAAUGCACUUUACUCUUAUUUAAACGUAUGAAGUUUGUUAAUAAUAUGAAGCAUGUAUUUUUUGGAGAGAAUUCAUGAGUUCAUAAGCAUGAGUGUGCAAGCUUUGUGGUUAAAAUAGUCCCUUUCACUGAUAGGUUGACGAUACAAAUGUGAAAGAAGGCCACAGAUUCAAGCUUAUGAUUUGUGUUUUUUUAUUCAUGCAGGUAUGUUCUCAUUCAUGCUUCUAAUAUUGUUUUGAUUUUAUGUAAUGUUUCAUUCUUUUUUUAUGGAAUAUGUUGAACACUAUUUGAUUUGAUUAUAUGAGAAAAACGAAAACUAUAAAAUUCCCCUCAGUUCGCGGCAAGCGCGAAUGAGGAGAGGUUGACGAUACAAAUGUGAAAGAAGGCCACAGAUUCAAGCUUAUGAUUUGUGUUUUUUUAUUCAUGCAGAAUAAAAUGUGGCCUGAGUAAUUCUCAUUGCCUGAUUCAAUUCAUCCACUCAACGCAGAGCUAAAUAAAGACCGGUCACACACGCAAGUAGAAAUCUUUGAAGUUUUUGUUCAGUCAUUGAAUUUAGAUGUUUAUUUAUAUUUUUCUUCCCUUUUUAUUUCAUACAUAUAUGGAGGCAGAUCUUAAUGCCAGUUUGCAGUUAGUUGUGGGGUGAUUUCUCUCCACUGGAUUCACCGCCGACACCCUAGCAUGAAUAAUUUUUUUAUUUAGUGAGGAUGACGGCGACGAGGACAAUCAACAGCACAAAACAUGUCUAACAGCACGUGCGAGAGAGACCGAGAGAGAGAGAGACUGCCUGAAUGACUGAACGCGUCCUCCAUCAGGGACGCCGGAGGAAACCCGGCAGCUGAUCCACUUUCGGGCUGAAAACGAGCAGAUGUUUCUUAAAUCAAAAUAUGCUGCAAAGCAACUAUGGGAGACACUGAUGAAAGAAAUGGGGUUGGAGGGAAGGGUUACUGGCCAACAGGCAUCAAAGAAGUGGGAAAAUCUCAAGCAAAGAUACAAGGAACUAAGAACUCCCAAAACAGGGUCAGGUACAGACAGGGGGGAAGUGACCGCUGCAACCUGGCAAUUUUAUGAAGACAUGCAUGAGGUGUUGGGUGCCAGGCCCUCACUCGACCCUCCUGUGGUGGUGGCAUCCUUUUAUGAGGAUCCCGCGCCAAUCCUCAUGGAGAUUGUUGAGCCUUCAUCCCCAGCCAGCACCUCUGCAGCCAGCAGUUCACAAAUGUCUGAACCCUCUGCCAUGGCAAGCCCCCCAACUCCCUCACCCAAAAAAAGGAGGAAAAAAAAGAAUCCCAUCCUGGAUUUCCUCACUGAGGAGUCCAAUAAAGAGCAGAGGCGCCACGAGGAGAGCGAGGCCAAGACAGAGAGGUUCUUGGGCCUCUUUGAAAAGAUGGUAGAUAAGCUGUAGUUUUUGUUUGUUUGUGGUUGCCAUUUGUAGUGUUUUUUUAGUUUUAUAUAUAAAAGUUUUAUACAUUAUACACAGAGUUGUAUACAUUUGAAUGCCUUU